AUGGACCGAUAUACGAAAAUCAAAAAAGUUGGUCAUGGCUUAUUUUCGGAGGUUUAUAGUGCCAGGCUUGCCAAUCCUACAACUGCCACUGGAGGUAUCGAUGUUAAAAGUAAUGACACUUCCUUGGUGGCUUUAAAAAUAACUAUACCUGAAGAUGAGAGACCCCCACACAAUUCAAAGAAUGAAUUGAGGAUUUUGAACAAGAUACAGGAGAAUAAGUCACCGAAUAAAAAGUAUAUCAUAUCACUUCUAGAUACCUUUACGCAUUCGGCCGAGGAGUUUGAACUGAUCUUGGUCCUACCAUAUCUUCAAUAUAAUUUGCAUUCAGUUCUUCAUUCGCAUCGCAAAGCCAAAUAUCCAAGAGGUUGGCAUAAUAAGCUUCCAGUAAGGAGAAGCUAUGAAAUCAUACUUGAAAUCUGUAAAGGUUUGGAGUUUCUACACGAUGAGUGUGGGAUCAUACAUCGUGAUAUUAAGCCGGAAAAUAUUCUCUUUGACAGUUUAACAGGGCAACCAGUCAUCAUUGACUUUGGAAUAUCGUGGAUUGGCCCAGACAACAAUUGCACAGAACCUCCCAGUAACAAGAUCACCGAUGUUGGCACGACAGUGUAUCGAGCGCCAGAGCUGCUAUUUGGAAUUACAUCAUAUUCGUCAGCCAUUGAUAUGUGGGCACUGGGAUGUGUAGCAAGCCUUAUGUUUAGUUAUGAUGGCAUGAAUAUGUUUGAGCCUUACAAAGGCGAGUUGGCUUUAUUCUGUAGUCAAACUGAGAUUCUUGGUGCACCUACUGUCGAAACCUGGCCCGAAAUAGCUGGCAUCGAUAGCUUUACACAUAUGAAUUUUAACAGUAAUCCUCUGCCAAAUCUUGCUUGUAGGGUCCCACUUGCACCGGACGAGUUUGUGCCUGUUAUUUCAGGAUUGUUGACAUUUGAGUCGACACAACGCACCACGGCAUCAAAGCUCCGAAAAUUGCUAGAACAGUUUCUGUCAGGUCUGUGA